AUGUACAUAGGUAUUCUUAUGCUCCACCCAUUCACUCUUCUUUUGGUCUUUUGUGCUGCAAAAACAACGACAGACUGUCCAACAUCAGUUGAAUCAAAAGAGUUCAUUUUUGAAGGAAAUUGCAACAUUAACACAGUUUUGGCCAUUGAAUCAAGUGGAAUACUUAGGUUAGUUCAGAGCGCAAAUUUAGAAGUGACUUAUUUAAAUCUAUACAACAAUGCAACACUUAUAUUACUCGAAAAUUCUGUUUUAAAUACUUCGCAAAGAAUGUUGUCAGAGUUGGCAAACAAAAUAACUGUUAAUGAUAAUUCAAAACUGCUUAUAGCCACAUAUGUAGAACUCGCUGAUAACUCCGUUUUCACAAUGAACAACAAUUCGUAUAUGAGCGUUCAGUCUUCUAUCACUGCAACCCAGGGCGCCUCAGUGAAUUUAAACAAUUUUUCAAAUGUCACUUCAAGCACUGUGGUCGUAGAAAAUGUAAAUUCACAAUUUUUAAUUACUAACGAUUCAUUGGUAACGACUGGAAAUAUUAAAAUAAAUAAUGGUGGUGUCCUUACUGUGAAUGAGAGAGGGAAAAUAACAUCAAAGGCUAGUUUAACUUUAUAUAAAGGCACCAUUUUGUUUAAAGACAGGGCAGUCAUUGAAAUUAAAAAUAAUCUCUAUGCACAAGAGGAUUCCACAAUGACCAUUUCAAAUAAUGUGAAUAUAGUCACAAACGAAAUGGCGGCUACUUUCUCGUCAAUAAUAAACAUAAACGACGAAUCUUUUGUGACUAUUAAAUCCGUGUUUAUAGUGUCCAAGUCAUUUUUUAAUAUCGAUGGGCCAAAGCCCAUUUUGAAAGGAAAAAUAACAGAGUUUUAUUGUGAAACUUCAACACAAGAAUUUACUGGUCUUUCUUGGCUUGAAGUAGGGUCUUUAAAUUUGGAAGCAAAUUGUAUUUCAAAAAUCAAUGGAAGAACAUAUAAAGAUCCACCUUUAUUCAUUGUUGAUAAUUUGGUAUCUAUUGGCUUCAAUUUCACAUCAAUAAACGAAUUCACUAUUGCCACUUCGAAACAGCCAAUGGAAAUAACAGUGCCGAGUGGGUAUAAUUUGUUGAUGGGAGGAAGAUUAUUGAGAUAUGGAAAAGGCCAAAAAGUGUAUUGCCAUCUUAAUGGAACUAAAGUUGCAUAUGGCAAUUUCAUUGAGGACUUUUGUCCAUGUUCUGGAGAAGAUUGUUACGUUGCCCCAUUUGAGGCAAUCAAGUCUGUUACUGUAACUAUUCUAAAGGCCCAACACAUGGAAAAAGAAGUCCAACAACAGAAAGUUAAACACUUGAGUUUUAAAAAACACCAAAAAGUUGAUUUUCAAAGAACCAAAAUUCGAACUCAAACAAUAAAAACUUCAAUAGAAGAAGACAAUGUUGUUGUUAUCAACAACUAUAAAUUGGUUAUCAACUCUAACAACUUUGUUGUUUUUAUUAACUCGGAUUCAGUUGAGACAGUGACUGUAAACAAUUUGGAAAAGAGUAUUAUUAUCGCUUCAAAGAGUAAUUUUGAAUUCGAUGGUAUUCUGUGUAAGAUGGGUGUUAUCACAAACAAUGUGUUAAGUUGUCAUGAGUACCCUCCUUGUCCAACCGGACAACGAAAUUUGGUAACAAAGAAGUGUGAAUCAUGUCCCGACAUUAAUUGUAAUUUGUGUGAUGAAACAAAAAGCUCAAAAUGUGUGAUGUGUCGAGAUGGAUUUCUCAAUAACAACGGCAUGUGUGUUGAAGACAAAUUUUGUAUGAAAACAGAUGGAAACGAUUGUUUCAAAUGUACUGAAGAAAAGUCUCUUGUUUCAAAAAGAUGUGAAGAUCCAAAGGAAAAAUGCAAAGACUUUGUUAAUCAAGAAAACGUCUGUCAAUUUUGUGUGCCACAAAACAAUGUAAUUAAUGUGAACGGCAAGUGUACCGAUGUUUCAAUCAACACUCUGUCUUAUAGCAACUCGUUUAUUAUUUCUUGUAAUGAAGGGCACUUUUCUAAUGGUACAACAUGUCAAAAGUGUUCUGAUGUGUUUAAAAAUUCGAUACUUUGCAAUUCAAACAAUCCAACCAAAUGUGACAAAUUAUACACCAUGUCUGCUAAUAAAAAGUGCGAGAAAAACACUUGCCAAUAUCCAGAAAAUACCCAAAUGGACCAAAAUGGUGUUUGUUCUCCUGCGAUAGCCAAUUGCACUUUCGUAUCAAAUGGAAAAUGUUUGUCUUGCACUGAAAACCACAUUUUGACUUCUUCAACACAGUGCACAUAUCACAUUGAUGAUACUUGUGCAAUACAGAACUCUUAUGGGUGUGUGCGCUGUAUAUUACAAAAUUAUUCUGAUGAUUCUGGAAAGUGUCAAUUGUGUGACUCAAAUUGUAUUACUUGUGUGUAUAAUUCUUCAUUUUGCAUAACUUGCCAAAACGGAUAUUUUAUGAAUGAACAUCGAUGUGUACCAAACAAAGAACUUGAAGAGAGUUGUUCAGUCUUUUCAGUGACCGGCAAUGGGUGUUAUCAAUGCAAAAGUGGCUAUUAUCGUCUUGGUUUAAAUUGUCUUCGAUGUUCUGAAAAGUGUUCCACUUGUGUGAAUGCUGAAAAUUGUGUGUCAUGCAACACGACAAAUUUUUUGACAAACGAUGGAGAUUGCAUUCCACAAAGUUCAAUAAUUGGAUGUGCUUUAAACGUCACUCAAAACGGCUGUUCUAAGUGUUCUGAUUCGUUUUAUAAAUACAAAGAAAACCAAUGCGCAAAAUGUCAUACAAACUGCACUUUGUGCUCCGAAGAAAAUUAUUGUACAUCAUGUAUUAAUGAUUACAUCUUAGAGAAAGGAAGUUGUGGACUUUUUUCUGAAAGAGAAAAAUGUCUGAAAUCAAACAAUUCAAAGUGUAUUGAAUGUAAGUUCUGGUAUACACCAAGUGAAGAUGGGACAUAUUGUGCUUCUCAAGUUGUGUGGUGGGUUAUUUUGAUCAUCGUUGUAUUUAUAAUAGUUUUAUUAAUUGUGGUCAUAACUGUCGUGUAUUUUGUACUGAACUCCAUUUCAAAAUUAAUUCGAGAAAAAUCAGUCGAGAAGAAGUUCACACUUUUUAAAAUGAAAAAAUCAAAUAUACAAUUUGAACGAAUAAAAGGCGGCGUUUGUGUCAAUUUCAAAGAAAUUAACUUCACAAGCGAUAUCGGCGAUUUGCCCAUUUUAGAGGAGAGUCGACAACUAAUUUGUAUUGGCAACGAAACAGAGCGCACUCUAAAAAUUCAAUUUUCAAAAUGUGGAGAUGAAAGGUGCAAAAUUCGGUGUAACCCAGAAAUUGUAUCUCUUAAGAAAGGUUUUGCGUGUGAGUUUGAAGUAUUUGUGACGCCCAAUUUCACUUGUGUUUUUGAAAACAAGAUUUUGAUCAUUUCACAAUCCCUCAAAACAGGCGAGGAGACUUACAACGAAAUAACAAUUAAAGGAGAGACUGUAUUAUCCACACGUUUGGACCCCACUGAAAUCCGAAAUGAAAAGAAAUUGGGUGAAGGUGGUUUUGGUAUUGUAUAUAGAGGAAAGUACCGAGGAAACUGUGUUGCUAUUAAACGUAUGAAGAAUUAUGAUGACAACAAUUCUCUUACUGAAUUUGAAAAGGAGGUUCAAAUGCUCGAUAAGUUUAGAAGUGAAUAUGUUGUGCAUUUCUAUGGCGCUGUUUUUGUUCCAACACAGAUGUGUAUGGUCACUGAAUUUGCCAAAUUUGGGUCGUUACAGGACUUGAUUAAAAAGAAGAAAUCAAGUGAUAUUUCAAAAAUAUUACGAGUCAGAUUCUGCUUAAAUGCGGCAAAAGGAAUUCAAUAUUUACACUCCAAUGGUAUUUUACAUCGAGAUAUCAAACCAGAUAAUAUACUUGUAUUUUCUUUAGAAGCAAAUCAAAGUAUAAUAGCGAAAUUAACGGACUUCGGGAGUAGUAGAAAUGUCAACAUGUUGAUGACCAAUAUGACAUUCACGAAGGGAGUUGGUACACCAAUUUAUAUGGCACCAGAAAUGCUAAACAAAAAGAAGUACAAGAAAGCGGCUGAUAUAUAUUCGUUUUCUAUUACUAUGUUCGAGUGUUUUGGGUGGCGUGAGGCAUAUCCAACAGCACAAUUUAAAUAUUCUUGGGACGUAGCAGACUUUGUUGCGUGUGGAAAUAGGUUAUCAAAACCAAGUGAUGUUGAUGAGAAACUCUUUGCAAUUAUUCAACAGGCAUGGAUACAUAAUCCAAAAGAAAGGGCCAAUAUUGAUCAAAUUAUUGAGAUGAUAGAAAGUGUUUAUUUGUAA